AUGGGCAGAGAGACUAGACCUCCCACCGAGGAGGACGAGAAGCCUCCCCCGUUGCCCCCUCGAAGAGCCGUAGCUACUACUGCAGAACCGAGAAGCUUGCAGGCUCAGCCUACCACGGCGUUGACGUCUGUGGACAUCCAGACGCUCUCCUUUCCAGAUGGAUCUCGCGGCACAUUCUCAACACCCGGGGCCAGAUCAGUGUCCACCCCUGUGGCCAGUGGUUAUGAUUCCCCGGGACACAAAGCCAGAGUUUCUGGUGGGGAAGGCCUUGAUGAUGAUGCAAGCAUGAUGAGUUUUGCCCCGACCCUGAGACCAGCUGGUGACAUUGCAAGCUUAAUGGUUUCCGAAUUCCCUAAGCGCAGUCCAGCAUGGAAUUUGCUCCAUGCCCAGUCUGCCACAGUUCAGCCAUUCGAACGACAUCGUUCCGGGGCUCAAGACGGGCUCGCCAGAUUCGAAGCUGAACUGCAGCCUAUUCCAUCCCAAGACGACAAGGACGUCAAGGAUGAAGAGCGAUUAUCAAUGUGGAAGUCAAAGCGCAAGCAUUACAUGAUUCUGUCCUCUGCCGGAAAACCCAUUUGGAGCCGUCACGGAGAUCUCGACCUCAUCAACUCGUCCGUAGGAGUUAUUCAGACAAUUAUAUCGUUCUACGAAGGUGCCAAGGACUCUUUGCAAGGCUUCACCGCGGGCAGCACGAAAUUUGUGGUUUUGACCCGGGGCCCUCUUCAUCUUGUUGCUAUAAGCCAGCUCGGCGAGAGCGAUGCGCAGCUCGGGUCACAGCUCGAGGCCUUGUACAUGCAGAUUCUUUCCACGCUGACACUCCCCACGCUAAAGAACAUAUUUGUCAAACGACCAUCGUCUGACUUGCGCAAGCCGCUCCAAGGCACAGAGUCCCUCUUAUCCUCCCUGGCGGACUCAUUCACCCUUGGCUCUGCAUCGACUCUCCUAGGCUCGUUGGAGUGUUUGAGGCUGCGCAAAUCUGAGCGACACGCCAUCAACAACGCCUUUCUGAAGCUUCGAUCCGACAAGCUGCUCUACGGGCUCAUUGUCGCCGGUGGCAAACUCGUCAGCGUCAUCCGGCCUCGACGGCAUUCGCUCCACCCCAGCGACCUGCAGCUCAUCUUCAACAUGCUAUUCGAAUCAGACGGCAUCAAGGGCGGCGGCGGCGAGAGCUGGAUCCCAGUCUGCCUGCCUGCAUUCAACAACAAGGGUUAUCUGUACAUGUACGUCAGCUUCUUCGAAGACAUGGCAGACGAACAAGCACCCGACGGCCCAACAAAUGUACGGACGUCCAGCGAAGAGAUUGCCAUGAUCCUCAUCAGCGCAGACAAGGAGAGUUUUUUCAGCCUCAAGCAAAUGCGGGAUGACGUUGCGCAGGCCUUGGCAAAGAGCGGCAGCCUGGCCAUCAUUCGCAAAGCGGAGCGCGCCGGCCGGCCUGACGUGUCGCACGUUGCUCCCGGAUGCCAAAUCAGCCACUUCUUGUACAAGUCGCGAGCAAACGUACAGUUUUGCAUGUCGUCGCUACAACCGUCAUUCGGCCAUGUCGUCGAGAAACGAAGGUUGCUGUCGCUAUAUCACGAGCUGCAUGCCUCGGUGCACGCUAAACACGCGCAUCUGAAGGUUCUGCACUGCUCGAGCGACGAGGCGACCUGUCUAGCGUGGGUCACGCCCAUCUUUGAGUUUUAUUGCGUCGGGGGACCAAAUUUGUCUCGCGCGGCGAUGACUCAGGGAGCGAAUAAGAUCAUUCAGUGGACCAAGAAAGAAGAGCAGAGGAUAUUCAUCAUCGGCGGAGGUGUAUUCUAG